CAGAACCACAGAGAGGGUUUGUUUUCCUAUUCUGUCCCCAUCGCUUAACUGAUGGCAGAUGUCCUCAUUAAGGGCUAUUACACUUCUGAAUAUGUUUGCUGAGCCCAGAAAAGGGCCCAUCCCUUUCGGACAUUGAUGAAAAUGCACGGCUAGCAAACCCUGACGAGUGGCAGGGGUGAGAAGCCCGGGAGGGCCCAGGAUCGCCUUCAAACUGUACAUCUGCCGGGAACUCCUUUUCAGCAUGAGUUUGUUUCAAUCAAGGAAUUCUGAAAGACAGCAGCAUGGCCAGCGUGCUGUCCCGGCGCCUUGGCAAGAGGUCCCUCCUGGGAGCCCGGGUGUUGGGGCCGCCCGGGGCUGCCCCUCCCACAGAGCCUCAGGCGGAGCUGCCGGUGGCUCUCCAGCCCUUCCCUGCCUCUAAGGACACUUCCUGCCACGAGCAGCCCAAGGAAAUCCUCAAGGCUCCCAGCACCACAGGCCUCCAGCAGGUGGCCUUUCAGCCCAGGCAGAGGGUUCAUGUGUGGUACGGGGGACAAGAGUGCACAGGACUGGUGGAGCAGCAUAGCUGGGUAGAGGAUAAGGUGACUGUCUGGCUGUUGGACCAGAAGUUACAAAUCUGCUGCAAAGUGGAGGAGGUCUGGCUGGCGGAGCCGCAGGGCCCUAUUCCCCAGGUGCCACCUCCGGAGCCCAGAGCCCAGGCACCGGCCUUCAGGCCCGUCUCCAGGAACAUUGACGUCCCAAAGAGGAAGUCGGAUGCAGUAGAAAUGGAUGAGAUGAUGGCGGCCAUGGUCCUGACGUCGCUGUCCUGCAGCCCAGUGGUGCAGAGUCCUCCCGGGGCCGACGCCACCUUCUCUGCUUCCCGCGCGGCCUGUGACCCCUGGAAGGAGGGCGGCGACGUGUCCGACAGCGGGAGCAGUACCAGCAGUGGCCACUGGAGCGCGAGCAGCGGCCUGUCCACCCCGUCGCCUCCCCGCCCCCAGGCCAGCCCCAGGUAUCUGGGGGACGCCUUUGGGUCGCCCCACACUGAUAAUGGAUUUGACACCGAUCCAGACGCUUUCCUGCUGGAUGAACCAGCUCCACGCAAAAGAAAGAACUCCGUGAAGGUGAUGUACACGUGCCUGUGGCCAAACUGUGGCAAAGUCCUGCGCUCCAUCGUGGGCAUCAAGCGACACAUCAAAGCCCUCCACCUGGGGGACACUGUGGACUCGGAUCAGUUCAGGCGGGAGGAGGAUUUCUACUACACAGAGAUGCAGGUGAAGGAGGGUGCUGCUGCGGUCCCCCCGGCUGACCCAGCUCCCACCCCUGGUGUGGCCAGCCCGCCCCUCGCCACUCUUCCAUCGCUGCCUCCCAAAGCCCAGCCAUCAGGCCCGGAACACCCGGGCCUGGAGUCUUACCUGCGCCCUGGUGCUCUCAGCAAGUCAGCUCCUGGCUCCUUCUGGCACAUCCAGGCGGACCACGCGUACCAGGCCCUGCCAUCCUUUCAGAUCCCCGUCUCACCACACAUCUACACCAGUAUUAGCUGGGCAGCUGCGCCCUCCACGGCCUCCUCCCUGUCGCCGGUCCGGAGCCGGUCGCUAAGCUUCAGCGAGCCCCAGCAGCCAGCACCUGCAGUGAAGUCACACCUGGUUGUCACUUCUCCACCCCGGGCCCAGAGCAGCACCAGGAAGGCCCGCGGGGAGGCCAAGAAGUGCCGCAAGGUGUAUGGCAUCGAGCACCGGGACCAGUGGUGCACUGCCUGCCGCUGGAAGAAAGCCUGCCAGCGCUUCCUGGACUGAACCUGCUCGGCUGGCUUGUCCCCUAUGCUCCCGGCCCGGUGUGGCCGGUGACACGAGGCAGACGUGUCACAGGCCCUCAGCAGAAACCCGAAGGAGAAAAAGAGUGGACAUUGGGAGUUUGGGCUCUGUUGGCCACGGUGUAAUACUCAAAACCUUUCCCCCCCCUUGUGGGAACAUUUUAUUUUUUAAAAAAAAAACAGCAAAAAUAUUUUUUCCCUCUAAAAUAGGAGAGAGCCAAAACUGACCAGGGGUAUUCCGCAACGAACCAGAGACCAAAGCAUUAACCUCCCUCGCUUUCCCACACCCUGUCUCUCUGGGGGAUUAAUGUGUACAUCAAAAGAAGGAACAGCGCAUUCUGUUUCCUGCUGAGUUGGUGAAUUCUUUGUUUUCUCAACUCUUCCAGAAGGGACUGUGAGCAGGAUGAAUUAAGUUUUCUUAAAAAAAAAACCCCAACAACAAAAAACACCAGCUUCUGGUGAUUACUUAGAGGGCAGGACCUGCUGUGGAUGGGGUGGGAAGGGGCCUGGGGCCGGGGGAGGGGGGAUCCUGUGUCCUUUUUAAGGUGCAGCCAGCCACCCCUCCUCCUCCUGAACCCAGGAGGAGGGAGGGCUUGUCCUCGCCAAGCAGCUUUCGGGGAGGUAAGAGGAGACCCCUUUCUCGGUGACAACUAUUUGAAUCUGGGUUCCCUCAGACACUGGGUUGCAUCCCAAUAAAUAUUGUAUGGCUCCUUCUCAAAACUCAGACUAAUAGUUUUUAAGACUGUCCCCAAAUAGCUGAGCCAAAAGGCUAAUACAAAUUUGCUUCUUGAAAUGUGGCAGUUAAACACUACCUUGAUCAUUCUUUCCUCCUACUUGAGGAAGAACCAGAGGGUUGCAGUCUUUGUGGAAGCGUCUGCUGUCACCCAAGUGAAUGAACUCCCUCCUGACAUGGCCUCCCUCCAGUCAAGGACAUGACACGUCUCCAACACUUUCUUCUUUUGUGGUGUAGUCAGCAGCCUUUUUCUGAGUAAAGUUCCCUGUUACUUGGGUGAGAACCCCGCCCCACAGUAGGUUCCUCUUUGUCUCUGGUUCCCCGGGAUUUUCCCAUUUCCCUCCUCAGGCUGCAGGGAGGCUGGCCUGGGGCAGGCAGGCGGAGGCCAGCCGGAGCAGGAAGUGGCAGCUUGCCCCUGUGGUGGGGAGGAGGGCGCCAGGUUCCCGAUUGUUCCAGGGGCUCACCUACCCCUUUGGAGACCCUGUGACCUUCAUCCUAAGGUAGCAAGUAGGACAGGACUCCAGUUGGGGCAGGAGGCGUUUUACCAGCAUGAGUCCAGCCCGAGUGAUGUGGAGGGUCAGCGCCACCUCCUUGGGUGUCUGCUGAGCACCGCACCUUGCUGAUGGUGGGAUGGGAAAGGCUAGAGUCUGAGGCAGUCGUGUGGGGAGGCCUGGCUGGGAUGAGGACCUCCUGGUGCUUCAGCCCUUGGUGUCUCUGGAGACCUCAGGAAUGGAGGGGAACCUGGUCUUCAUUGCUUGGGAGGAAAAUAAAGCAAAACUGUCUUGUUGAGAAGGGGCGGGAAUUGAGUUCAGUGCCAUGCUAACCGAUGAUUAAUGCCAACCAGUGAGCUGAGCCCCGAAGGAGGGCAUGUGUCUGUUUUGGAGCCCUACCUUUCUUCUAAGUGUGACUCUUCUGGGGAUUUGCUUGAGCGUGACCACCUGGUGCCCGGCUCUCUUGGGUUCCAGUCCUUGACCUGGGUCCCCAGGGGCAGGGUCUCAGGGACUCCCACCACGCCACCUCUCCUGGGCUGGGCAGCAGCGGCCCACCUUGGCCCUAAUGCAGGCCGCCCCCGUGGCCUGGGGUGGAAACACCUGGCCACCGAGCGCCUCUGGCUGCUUUGUGUGGGAAAUGUGCAGAGGUUUUCCAUCCAAGACAUGUUGAGUGUUAGAAAACCUGCCAGCCUAAGAAUGGGCCGAGGUCAUGAAGGCUGGUGGUGGCAGGGGGAGAGGUCUUCAGUGGGGAUGAGGAAUAUUUUUUUAACUUAGUAAAAAAUGUAUGUGGGAUCUGUGCCCUGGUAAAGCCCCAACCCAGGCCUGCAAGUGGUGGCCCAGGGUCCUUCUGUCCCUUCCAGCUCCCUGAGAAUUAAAAGCUGACAGCUGGCUGCUGCUUAUCCAGACUUCUCACUUGCCAUGUUGCCCUUAUGCAGGCCCAUGGGGGAGGGAGGGAGCCCCGAGGUACGGGCUGUGCCCCGCAGGUUUCUCCCCUGCCCUUCUUAACCAGAGUGCGCAGGCUGAGUCCCCUCUUUAGAAAAGCUGUGUGAAUACCCGCCUCAGCUUGGACUGUGUAGAUAAUAACUGGAGAUGAAGAGUUUCUCUGAGUGAGAAAGGCUUCUCAUCACUGCUGCAUGAGGCAGACCAGGGAGAGAGAAGGAAGAAAUUGGUGAACCAGUUUCACAACCGAGGGGGUUUUAUUUUAUGUUUGUAGUUUAGCUUGGGCGCAGGCUUCCCCUGUCUGCAUUUGCUCCCCGCCCCUUCUGGUGGCAGGGGCCUCCUCGUCCUGCCCAUCUUGUGGCUGUCGCGUUGGUUCUUGGUGUGUGGUGUUCCUUGGGGUUGCGAAGUUCAUUUCUUCUCGGAGGGUGGGGGUGGUUUGUGAACCGAUCCAGCGAUCACGCCUUUUUUCUUCGUCUCCGUGUCUUUCCCCGCUUCCCAGCCCCCUGACCCCAGGCAGCAGAAUCUGGCAGCAGGUAAGAUGCCACAGGUAUGCUUUUGAAACUAACAGGACUGAUUUUCAAGAGCAGUUAUGUUGGGGAGUUUUUAUUCUGGUGACGUCGCCCUUAUUCAAAAUACUUCUUGGAAUUUAGCUUUGGGGUCUGUGGUGCCUGCUUUGAACAGCCUUAAUGAUACUACAGUACCCGGUCCUGUCGCUGAUUCCUGUGGUUAAGUGAGGUCACAGGGGCAAAGCAUGGGGCUGGCCUGCAAAUAAAAUAGCUUGGAUUGAAUUAAUGUGACUUUUCACCAGCUGUGAAAGCAAUUUUGUAAGAGAACAUUUGGAGUAACGUCCACAUUGUGAUAGUAAGCCUACAGCUUGACUCCAUGGAAGACAUUAUUAAUUUGGAUGUGAAACUGAUUUGUUUGAAAGAAAUCUGUCCUGUUACUUUCUGGUCCUCCCAGGUUCUGACUUUACCAGGAGCAAAAAUAAAUAAAUAAAUAAAUUGGGGGGAGAUAAAUCCCAUCUGUGAAUUUGUCUCACUGGCACCUUUUCCCCCAGCUGUCUUCCAAGUAUUAUUUUUACUGUUGAAAGAAUUUUUUUUAAAUGUGAAAUGUAAUGUUUUUACAACAACAAUAUGAAAUAUAUUUUAUAAGGAAUAAAAUGGUACAUUGUCUGA